CCGUCGCUCUGCCCCUCCAUCCUCACCGGUAUAAAACCGCAGAAGCCUCAGAUGUGAAAGACACGGGUUCCGGUCCUCCUCUUCCUCCUCGUCCUCCUCUUCCUCCUCGCUGUCGGCUGCCAUGACUUUCGUUGCCCCCCCAGGCUACCAGCCGGUGUACCGCCCCAGCAUCCCUUACCUUGGGCCCAUCCGUGGAGGCCUGAGGGUGGGAGCGUCCGUCUACAUCCAGGGCUCCGUUCCGGACAACAUCACCCGGUUCCACGUCAACCUGCUGUGCGGGGAGUCCGAGGCCAGCGACGUCGCCCUGCACGUCAACCCUCGCUUCGACGGCUGGGACAAGGUGGUGUUUAACUCCUGCCAGGAUGGAUCCUGGGGGUCGGAGGAGAAGAUCCGCAGCAUGCCCUUCCACAAGGAUCAGGCCUUCGAGAUGGUGAUCACCAUCACCUCAGAGGGCUACCAGAUUAAAGUCAAUGGGAAGGACUUCUUCAUGUUCCCCCACCGCAUGCCGGUGCAUCUCGUACGUGCCAUCCAGAUUUCAGGAGAUGUUUCAAUCCAGAUCAUCAACGUCAUCGGGGGUGGCACCGGAGCAGGGAUGGGAGAGGGAUGUCCAGGAGGCGGCACUGGGGGAGGAUACCCGGGUGGCCCCGGAGGAGGAAUGGGAGGAGGAUAUCCAGGAUAUGACAUGGGGCAGGUGGGAAACCCGGGAUCACAUCUGCCGGGUAUGAACGGGCAGCCGGUCUACAGCCCGCCCGUGCCCUACUCCGGCAUGAUCCAAGGGGGGAUGUCCCCCAAGAGGACCAUCAUCGUCAGAGGGGUGAUGCCCUACGGAGCGGACAGGAUGACGGUCAACUUCAAGGUGAGCAGAUCUGGAGACAUCGCCUUGCACAUGAACCCCAGGGUGAAGGAGAGGGCGGUGGUGCGGAACAGCCUGACUGACGGCCGCUGGGGGACGGAGGAGCGGCAGCUCAGCACCAACCCCUUCAUGGAGGGACUGUACUUUGACAUGUCGGUUCGCUGCGGGAACCAGAGGUUCAAGGUCUUCGUGAACGGCCAGCACUUGUUUGACUUCGUCCACCGGAUGUCCUUCAGUGAGAUCGACACCCUGGAGAUCAGAGGGGACGUGCAGAUCUCCUACAUCCACUUCUGAGAUCACACAUCCGGGCUCCCGACCAGCCACGUCCUAGUUUUUAUCACGGACGGGUUCAGUUUUAAAACUUCUAUUCUUACUGACUUGUGUCUGCUGGUGUGGAGCUUAUUCCCACUUAAUCAAGUUAAUAAAUACGUCUUUAAACGUUUCUG